CUGCACUUCCCAGGGCAGAGCUCGGGAGGGAACGUGGCUCCAGCACAGACCAUGGUGAAUCCGGGCAGCAGCUCACAGCCGCCCCCGGUGACGGCCGGCUCCCUCUCCUGGAAGCGGUGCGCAGGCUGCGGGGGCAAGAUUGCGGACCGCUUUCUGCUCUAUGCCAUGGACAGCUACUGGCACAGCCGGUGCCUCAAGUGCUCCUGCUGCCAGGCUCAGCUGGGUGACAUCGGCACGUCCUGUUACACCAAGAGCGGCAUGAUCCUUUGCAGAAAUGACUACAUUAGGUUAUUUGGGAAUAGUGGUGCUUGCAGCGCGUGUGGACAGUCGAUUCCUGCGAGCGAACUCGUCAUGAGGGCCCAAGGCAAUGUGUAUCAUCUUAAGUGUUUUACAUGCUCUACCUGCCGGAAUCGCCUGGUCCCAGGAGAUCGGUUUCACUACAUCAAUGGCAGUUUAUUUUGUGAACAUGAUAGACCUACAGCUCUCAUCAACGGCCAUUUGAAUUCACUUCAGAGCAAUCCACUACUGCCAGACCAGAAGGUCUGCUAAAAGGUCAGAGUAAUGCAGAAUGCGUGCCUUCAUCUCAGAUUUUGUUCAUCACAGGUGGAUCCCAUGUGUCUUCAGUAGACAAGUCACCUUUGUAGCUAGCACCAGUGCCAGCUCCAUGCCAUUGCACCUUCUUUAGUCGUGAUUGCCCUUCCUGCAUUUAUUGGUGUAUUAAAAUGACUGAAUAUGAACAUUAAGGACUCCAUGAACCUGGGCUAAUGGGAGACUGUAGAGAAAAUGAAAAAAGAUCCACCGGAGGACAUCUUGGGGGGGGAGGGAGUUUGGGAGGAGGGAAAUGACUAAUGAAGCUAAUUAAAAGAAGCAUUCAAAUCUGCUUUCUACCCUCAUUAACAAUUAGCAGGGCACUGGCCAGAGUUUGUACCCUGUGUUUUACCUUAACAACAUUCUAUUUGCUCUUUGUAUAUUUAAGUGUUGUAAGGAAAUGUGUUUCAAUCAAAACUGAACAUGAGAUAAAGGAAAAGAGAUGUGGCUUUUGUGAUAUUCUAUCACAGACACUUUUAUUGUAUCUCUGUAAAAUACAAUGUAUGUAUGCAUGUAAGUGUUUUCGUCCUAAUGUUGCUACUCCCACGGCGAAGAAAAGGAACAAAAAAUGGAAAAAAAAAAAUUGGGAAAAAAAAAAAUCAGGCUCAUAGCAGCUACUGUGUAGAAAUUUCCUCCUACUUCUAAUUUGCUGAAUGAAGAAAAAAAAUCUUUUAUUUGUGAUAUUUUCAGAGACAUUUGCUCUAGUAUGGUGUAUUUAAAUAAUAAAAACUUAAAAGAAAAAUAUUCGAUGCAGUUUGGGUUUAAACACUGCUUUUUCUCUUCUGUAUUUUGGGACAUUUUAGGCUUUUUAUUUGAUACCAAGUUCACUUUAAAUUUUAGGGGUUGAGGGAGGUGGUGUGUAUAUUUAUUUAGCUCUGGGCCAAUAAGGUAUUCUUCAAAUUACUUAACCAUGUCAUUUUUGGCAGGGGUACAAAGCAAUGUUUCUAACGGAGUCCUUUUUAUAAGUUCAGAAUAUUCUGUUAACAGCACUUCAUUACACUUCUCCUAUAUCACAGUGAAUCUUUUGUGUUUAUAUAUAAAUAUUUGUUUGAUUCUUCAGCCAUUUCGUUUAUUCUUUAUUUCCCAGUAGGAAAGCCUUGGGUAUUGAGGAAAAGCAUGUUAAAGAAUGUGGCAUAACCAUCUUGUUCUCUUUCCAAGUUGAUAGCUUUGGAAGGAAAUAGCAUUUCCAAAGCAUACCUGGACAUAUUUUGAAGUUCCAUUGGUUGGUAGGGACCCGUGCUCUUUGCAGUCAUGUUCAGUGGGUGAAGCAGCCAUUUCCUGGGGAGCGUUUUAGACUCCUGUGGUCUGCUGUAUGAUUUGUUUAUUUUGUUUUGCUUUCACACUCCUCUAAGGCUCUGCCUUUCCAUAUGUUUGGAGAAGGGUUUGGAAUUCAUUCACUAGUAGUCCAAAGAGAUGUUUAGUUGCUAGUUCUAGGUGGUGGCGGCCCGAACAGCUUCUGCAGUGCUUGCAGAGGUGCCCUGAGGAAAGCAUGGGUCGGCCAGAGACACGGGGUCGCUGGCCGGUGCUGGGAGGAGGAGAACUGGAGACUGCACCGCCAGGCGCGUAAUAUGUGAGCAAAUCUCAACUGCAGCUUCUAUCGCAGGUUAAUAAAAACCAGGUGUGUUUUAAUGCCACCUUUAAUUUUCUUUCUAAAAAUGGCAAUUGUUUUAUUUUCUCUUGUUCUAGAAGAGCUCCCGAGGCCCUCUCUUGAGAAUCGGAAUAGGUUAUAUCGAGAGGUCGGGCUUGGCACAGCUCAGCUAGCAGACCUUCCCUUUGAGAUCAGUGCUCACUGCUUGCUUUCAGACUCCAGGCCAGGAGGAAAAAUCACUUGCUCAGACUGUACUCUUCCUGUAGGAGAAUUUAAAGGCAGUGAGUUCAAAUGAAUAGUUUUAUUAGAGCUUUAUAAAAAAUGCAAGAGAAAAAUAAAAUGAGAACAAAAUCACAUAAAUAACAGGAUCGGUUUGAGUUAGAUCCUUGGGGAAUUUCUAGGAACUAGUUCUGGCUCUAACAUUUUUUUUCCCCUUUAAGAUACUUUAAGGGAACUUGGACUCUUCAGGAUAGAAAAGGGGAAGGUGUUAAUAAGAACGCAAGCAUCUGCUCUAUUUUUUUUUUUUUUUUUUUUGGCA